GUGUCCCUGGGGGUCUCAGGGGGUCCUUAACCGGUGCCCAGCGCGGGCCCUGGAGCUGUUCCUGGAGUCGCUGCUGCGCAAGGCCUGCCACGUCACCCAGUCCCGCAACGCCAAGACCAUGACCACGUCACACCUGAAGCAGUGCAUCGAGCUGGAGCAGCAGUUUGAUUUCCUCAAGGACCUGCUGGGGGGGUUUGGUUGUACCCAGGUGUUACCCAGGUGUUAUCCAGGUGUUCCCAGGUGUCUCCAGGUGUUAUCCAGGUGUUAUCCAGGUGUUCCCAGGUGUUAUCCAGGUGUUAUCCAGGUGUUAUCCAGGUGUCUCCAGGUGUUAUCCAGGUGUUAUCCAGGUGUUAUCCAGGUGUUAUCCAGGUGUUUUUCUCCCCCCAGGAAGCAGUGCAUCGAGCUGGAGCAGCAGUUUGAUUUCCUCAAGGACCUGCUGGGGGGGUUUGGUUGUACCCAGGUGUUAUCCAGGUGUUCCCAGGUGUUAUCCAGGUGUUCUCCAGGUGUUAUCCAGGUGUUUUCCCCCCCCAGGAAGCAGUGCAUCGAGCUGGAGCAGCAGUUUGAUUUCCUCAAGGACCUGGUGGCCGCCGUGCCCGACAUGCAGGGGGACGGUGACGACCCCCACGGCGAUGGGGACAGGGGACCCCGCAGGGGGCGCCGCCCGGGCUCGGGACGGAAGAACGGGGGCCCAGGGCCAAGGGGACCCCAAAACAGUCGAGGACAGACUCAGGAGCAGGAG